AUGAGUACCCAUGAAUCACCCUCCAAAGAUUCGAUGAAGUCGACGUGGCGUCGAGCCAAUCGAGAUCAAUGGACCAUCACACAUUGGUUAUUAGAGCUGCUUAAUGUUCACCAUGUCUGCCUUGACUUGGAUGUUCCGGUGCACUCCAAGGAGGACAAAGUGCCAUACCUACCACCCUGGUCAUUACACAUGUGGGUGCUGUUUUAUGCCUCGAUACCACUUGUUAUACACCAAGUUUGGGUCACAUUCGUCAAUCCGGACGGACUUGGUAAAUUUGCUACCUUCAACCUCUAUUUCUUCGCGUUCAACGCGAUCAUAAUCCGACAAACGCACAUCCUUCGACGUCUAGCACAUCGGUACGGAUUCCUAGACGGCGAUAAACAUGAGCGAGAUGGCGUCCCAGACGUCGCGGUGCAUCGAGUAGCAGCAUCACUCUACAAGACCACCGGCUCGCGUCUGAUCAUGGCUGUCUUCUUAACAUAUAACAAAUCCCAACAGCCCCUGACUUCAUUGAACGGAUGGAUAUGGUGGCUUCCCUUGGAGAUUGGUCUUUAUGGCAUUGUACUUGAUUUCUGGUUCUAUUGGUAUCACCGUGCCAUGCAUGAUAUCAAUCCACUUUGGAAGUUCCAUCGCACUCACCACUUGACCAAACAUCCCAAUCCAUUACUAUCAGCUUAUGCCGAUCACGAACAAGAAUUCUUCGACAUGGCUGUUAUACCAUUUCUUACAUAUAUCAGUCUAAAAGCGAUGGGUCUGCCAAUGGGUUUCUAUGACUGUGCUGAGAUCGUCAUAGAGGACCAUGAUCUGCAUCAUCGGAAGGGAUGGAGAAAGAGCCACAACUACGGGAAGCAGACACGCCUUUGGGAUCGGAUUUUCGGUACUUGCCAUGAACGCAUUGAAUCCAUUGAUAGUAAUAUUGACUACGUGAACACUGCCUAUAUGCCUGUAUUCUAA